GCCCAGCCAAAUAUAAUUUUAUUAUACACUUCUGUGGGUAUAUAUGUGUGUGUGAUUUUAUAUCCCUUUUAUACUGAAGUGUCCUCAUCUUAUUGCCUCAUUUUCUUAAAUAUAAUUGUGCAUUAGUGCUAGGGUAGAGUGUAGUGGUUAGUAUUCUAUAAGUACUUAACCAUUUCCCUCUUUGGGGCCUUUAAGUUGUUUUCAGUUUAUAAAUGUUAUGAUACUAAAAUAAAUAUGGAUAAUAUGUUUUCUAUUUGUAGGGUCAUUUACCAAGAUGGAUUUGCAUAAUGGAUCAAAUGGACAAAUAGGACUGAAUUUGCUCUUAAAGAAAUCAUGUCCUCUGGAGGUGCUGAAGAUGAUAUCCCACAGGGAGAGAGGAAAACAGUUACAGAUUUUUGUUACCUUCUGGAUAAAUCUAAGCAACUAUUCAAUGGGUUAAGGGAUUUGCCGCAAUAUGGACAGAAGCAAUGGCAGUCCUAUUUUGGAAGAACUUUUGAUGUUUACACCAAACUCUGGAAGUUCCAGCAGCAGCACCGACAAGUCUUGGAUAAUCGGUAUGGCUUGAAGCGGUGGCAAAUAGGGGAAAUUGCUUCCAAGAUUGGGCAGCUAUACUACCAUUAUUACUUACGCACAUCUGAGACCAGCUAUCUGAAUGAGGCUUUCUCCUUCUAUUCGGCAAUCAGACAGAGAUCAUAUUAUUCUCAAGUCAAUAAAGAAGACAGACCUGAGUUGGUAGUUAAGAAGCUACGGUACUAUGCAAGAUUUAUAGUAGUUUGUCUUCUUCUCAACAAAAUGGAUGUUGUGAAGGAUCUAGUAAAGGAAUUGUCAGAUGAAAUUGAAGAUUAUACUCACCGCUUUAAUACUGAAGAUCAAGUGGAAUGGAACUUGGUGCUUCAAGAAGUAGCAGCUUUCAUUGAGGCGGACCCUGUAAUGGUGUUGAAUGAUGAUAAUACCAUUGUUAUCACAUCUAAUCGCCUGGCUGAAACAGGAGCCCCAUUGCUGGAACAGGGCAUGAUCGUGGGACAGUUGUCUCUAGCUGAUGCACUCAUUAUUGGUAAUUGUAAUAAUCAGGUUAAGUUCAGCGAACUAACUGUUGACAUGUUCCGGAUGUUACAAGCCCUGGAAAGGGAGCCGAUGAAUUUAGCUUCCCAGAUGAAUAAACCAGGAAUGCAGGAAUCAGCUGACAAGCCAACCAGACGAGAAAACCCCCACAAGUAUCUGCUUUACAAACCAACCUUCAGCCAACUCUACACAUUCUUAGCAGCGUCUUUUAAGGAGCUGCCUGCCAAUAGCGUGCUUCUGAUUUACCUGUCAGCUACUGGCGUUUUCCCCACAGGUCGUUCUGAUAGUGAAGGUCCUUAUGAUUUUGGAGGUGUACUUACUAAUAGUAACCGAGAUAUUAUAAAUGGAGAUGCCAUCCACAAACGAAAUCAAUCCCACAAGGAAAUGCACUGCCUUCAUCCUGGAGAUCUCUAUCCUUUCACCAGGAAGCCCCUGUUUAUCAUUGUGGAUUCAUCCAACAGUGUUGCGUACAAGAAUUUCACAAACUUGUUUGGACAGCCACUAGUCUGCUUGCUUUCUCCUACAGCAUAUCCAAAAGCUUUACAAGAUCAAUCUCAACGAGGUAGCCUCUUCACUCUCUUUUUGAACAAUCCUCUAAUGGCCUUCCUAUUUGUCUCUGGAUUGUCAAGCAUGCGUAGAGGCCUGUGGGAAAAAUGUCAAGAAUAUCUUCGAAAAAUCAACCGUGAUAUUGCCCAGCUACUGACCCAUUCACGUUCAAUAGAUCAGGCGUUUCUCCAGUUUUUUGGAGAUGAAUUUCUUCGCUUACUUCUCACAAGAUUUAUUUUUUGUUCAGCCACCAUGAGGAUGCACAAGAUUUUUCGGGAAACACGAAAUUAUCCAGAAUCAUAUCCACAACUGCCAAGGGAUGAAACAGUAGAGAAUCCUCAUCUCCAGAAGCACAUUUUGGAAUUAGCAUCCAUUCUGGAUGUUCGAAACGUGUUCUUUGAGAAUACCAUAGAUGACUAUUAAAAGAAAAAUUCUCUUGAAACAAUUUUUCAUUUUCCACAGAUUUUAAAUGGUGCAGUUUUCUAAUGUGAUAACAGACACAUAGUGGUGUUACGUAGUUUUUAUUUUUUAAUUUAGGACCACCAUUUUAAAAACAAACUGAAAAAAAGGUUCAAACUUUUAGGGUAACUUUUAAAAUGCAAUCUUUCAGGUCUUUUAAAAUCUCAACUAAUCUUGGAAUUUUUAUUUUUUGAUUUUGAGGUAUAGAUACUUACCUUCAACAUCUAAUCUUAUAAGGUUAAAUAGUCACCAUUCUCACCCUGAGAGGAAUAAAUCAUUUAUUUUUGUAUAAUGAGGUAAAUCCAACUCUUAUACUUGGAGAUAAGUUAAAAGUCUGGGUUUGGAAAAUAUGUAAUUAUUCAUAAUGAUGAAACUAGCCACCAUGGACUGUUGAAAAUCAAGAACAGAGUCCUUUCAUAAUAUUUCUUUUCAUUCCAAGUUAGUUGGUAGAAAAAUGUGUGAUUCCAUGAAGCAUGAUCAGGACAGAUCUUGAAAUCCUUUUUUAAGUACUGUCAAUUUCAGAAACCAUGUAAGAUUGAUUUGCAUCUAAAAGCUAGGUACUUAAUUGGGGGCUUAAGAUGACAAAUAUUACUUGGAAUGUGUGAGUCCUGUGUUUUCAUGAGAUUUGUUUACAUGUUUUGUUUUCUUUGUAGUCUUCGAAUGAUGGAAAUGAGAAAAGAAACACUUAAAUAUUUCAGUCAAAAAAAUCAGGUUGUUGGUUUCAUAAGAUAGUGUCUUCAGUUGGAAUUCUGUUUAAACUCUUAGCUUAUGAGAUCAAGUUUAAAGACUGUCUGGAUUGACCUCUGUGACAAAAAGUACAGAGUUCUUAAUCUUUUUGCCUAGCUCAAAUUUAUGAGACUUAAAAGUCAGAGAUUUUAUUAAUUUAGGUUGGGGUAACUGGCUAUUAUGAAACUGCAAAUGUAAGUUGGUUUUGCAUGGACAAUUUGGAAAUAAGAUUUGUUAAAACUCCUUGUAUUUAGUAUUUUAUAGUCAUGCACAAAUUUAUUAUUUUAAAUAGUACUCAGUGUUUAACAUAAAGAUCUUUGUGGGUUUCUUCCCUGUCAUCCCCUUCAUAAUUUCAGUCCCUACCUAUGAAGUCCUCCCCCACUUUUUUUUUUUUUUGCUUGCACAGCAUUCUAGUUCUGAAAUCUGUGAAUGAAAGGCUUCUACCUAAUUUUCUGUGCAGGCUCACAUUCUACCCAUCAGUCCUGGGGGAAAUGACGUGAUUGUUUUUGGCGUUUCUUUCCUAUGUCACCAGGGAAAUUUUCUAUAAUAUUUAACUUGGUUUUCAUUUCUGGUGAGACUAAUUUGGGUCUAAAUUAUUCCCAUUCAAUUUUUCAUCUGAAGUCUGAAAGUUAUUGUUCUUGGGUUUGGGGACUUUGGAGUGUUUUGUUUAGUUUUAAAAUUUAUUUUUGUUCUUUGAAAUAGUUUCUUUGCUAGCUGGUUGCUUUCAUUUUCAGAUAAAGACUGCAUUCCUUUUUUUUAGUACAUUAAUAAACUUCAUAGCUUUCCUUUCAUAACAGUGUUCAUCUGAACUACAGCAAUAGACUGUUUUUAGUUAUCUGACCUUUUGUUUCAAUUCCCCUGAAGUCCUGUGCCAGAUAUACUGCCACCAACACAUAUUUUCCUGUUCUCUGGUGUUUAAAAUAAUAUUUAUUGUCCUGAGCUUUAUCAUCACCUGUUAAGCAUAAAGAACACUGGUCUGAGAACUAGGAGACCUGAGUUCUAAUCCUGGCUUUCUUGGUAACUAGUGUUAUGCCUUUUGACAAGUGUCUUCAUGUCUUUGCUUGUUAGUGUUCUCAUCUGUAAAAUGAAGGGAUUGGCCUGAGGUCCUUUUCAACUCUACGAUUUUAUAAUUUGGAUCUGUUUCCAAAAAUAUUGAUUUUCCUACCCUUGGUGUAGGAAAACUAGUUAUCCUGAUUUUAGAGUACGUAACAUUUUCUUUUCUAGAUCGUAUUUACUUAGAUUUUUUUCAAGAAAAUAUCUAGGACCCACUUAGCUGUUUUAGAAACUAGUUCAGAGAAAGACUUCGCCUGAAGAAAUUAGAGCUUUUAUGAUUAAAAACAUGGUUGUCUAACAACAAGGGAUCUUAGAAAUCACAACUAGGAUAGAUAGUAGUGCAGUUCCUUACUGGGAGGGGACUGAAGGGAUCUUGAAUCUUCAAAGAGAGGAAAACUGUGAGAGAAAAUCCUAAAUGAUUGUUUCAUUUAUGCCUUAAACAAAAUGUGUGUCGAACAACCACUAUACUCUAGAUUUUCUUCUGGGCACUGGGGAUGCGGACAAAGUAGACUUAAAAAUCUUGGUGAUCAUGAAGUUUACAUUGUAUUAUAGUAGAAAGAAUAAGGCAAUAAAUAUGAGUAAUUAAAUUUAUGUUAGGAUGAAGAAGUAGGAUGGAGAAAAGGUGGGAUGAUAAGAAAGAUCCUUUUUUGAGAGAAGAACAAUAUUUAACAGAUUGAUUAAGCUGGUUGCAGUGGUGUGCCCUGUAGUCCCAGCUACUUGGGAGACUGAGACAAGAGGAUUACUUGAACCCAGAGUUUGAGGCCUGCCUUGGCAACAUAGUGAGACCCGUCUCUAAAAAAGAAAGAAAGAAAAAAUAGUCAUCAGGUUAGGGUUCAUUGGGAAGGUCACAUUUGCACAAACACUUUGUGUUUGUUUUUCUUUACCUUUUGUCAUGAAAGUUUUAAACAUACACAGAGUUUAAUGAACGCUUCUCGUAUCUUUCACCCAGCUUCUACAUUUGAAAGUAUUACUUUAAUCGAGGAAGAAGAAAUGUAAAAGGACAAUCACCCAAUGGGCUUGAGGAGACAGUAGCAAACAAUCUCAUUUUUCUAAAUGCAUACCAGUACCUCCUUUAUAAAAAUGUUAAACUCUAUUUAUUUAAUUUUAGAAUUCAUAAACAUUUAAAUCUUAGAAUGAAAAAUGAAGCAAAACAAUGGGAAAGAGGACUUUUCUGUUUUCAAGUUGCACAAACUCUCCCUGGAGCUUCUGAUGCAGUCUCUCAUCUCCCUUAAGAUCACUGUAAACAAAAUAAAAAGUGUAACAUUACAAGAAGUCAGUUAUACACAAAACAAAAUGAAGCACAAUGGACUUUUCCCUUUUGUUAUAUAUAUAUUUCUGAAGUUGGUGAAGCAACUAUCUUCCCAAUUUUACAGAAAAGAAAGCUGAGACCCAAAAAGCUAUUCAAAGUGAUAAAAGCUAGAACUAAAACUCAUAUCUCCUAAUCUCAGCCCAGUCUUCUCUACUGAAAGCUCAGACUGCUUUCUAGAAUGAACAAGAAAAUGUUCUAUAACAGACAAAAAAAUGUUUAAUAAUAAACAAGAAAAAAAUAGAGAUUUAUAUUUUGGCACAAAAGCUUAUGGUAAUUUUUUCUGUAUCAAUUUUGAAACCAGUGAAUCAGUCAGCCCUAGCAAAUUCUUAUUAAUUAUAAAAAUUCAUAAGUCAGUCAUUUUAUCUUUUAUUUUAGCCAGGAUGUAUUCUUCCUGUGUGUGUGUGUGUAUGUGUGUGUGUAUGUGUUUAUCCUAGAAAGUGGUGCUAUCAUAACCCCUCAAAGCACAGAAUUUAUUGUACCCUUUAUAUUUUUACCAAAUUGAAAUAUUUCAAGAUUAUAGAAGCAAAGUGCAAUCCAGUUGUGGCUGAAAUUUUCCUAAUAUAAAUCUGGGUUUCACCCCCCACCCUACCCCCAGCACACACACUUCUAGCUACUGCUCUUCAUUUUCUUGGUGCAAUAGAAUCCCCUGAACCAGAUUAGGUGGUAAUUGUACUGAAUUUAGUCAAGGUAAGGGGACAAGUGACAAAUCAGAUUUAUGUAUUAAUUAUAUAACUUUAACAUUCUUCUCCAACUUUAAUCUCUGACCUGUGUGAUUAGUAACAUUCUGUCUCUGAGAAGUAGUUUGGACCCUGGCGAAAAAUCUUGUAUAUAUAGUUAUGGGGACUUGUUAUCAGCCUGAUAUACAGAGAACAUUCUGGAAUGGAAAUGUAGUAAGGUGCCAAAGUCUGCUAACUUGGCCACUGCUGGUGAUUCAGAGCCACCUGCUCAUCCUAAGUGAGUAAAAGAUUUGAUAUGAAUAUGAAUGCUAUCAAUCUUCUGGUGAUAUUUUGGGUGUAUAUGUUCCUGUGUGUAUGUUUGGAGAAUAUUAAGGGUAUUUUCAUUGAGGGCUCUUUUGUUGACUUUAUUUAUUUGAAAUUCUUAUUUUAUUUGUAAUAGCAUAUGUAUAUUUUUGUGAUGCUAAAUGCAAUCUGUGUAUACUUUUUGUAUAUAUGUGUACAUAUUUGUAAAUAUAUUGGUAUGCAAUGAUACAGUAUGUGUAUAUUAUAUACCCAUACCCAUUGUGGGCUGAAUUUAUUUAAGUUCUGUGAGGACAUCCUAGUGGCAUUGUUCAUGCUGCUGUAAUUAGAUUGUGAGUGUAUCUCAUUCAUGAGCUUCUAUUUUGAGGGGCUUGUGUUUGGAUAAAAUGGCCUGAUUUGGAGUUGAAAUUAGAAUAUGAAGAUCUUAACAGAAAGCUGGACAUUGUUAGCUUUAAAAUCAUCUGCAAAUUUUUAUUUAAAAUGACAAAUUAGCGGUACAAAACCGAAAAACCUAAGUAUGUGAAAAUGAGACACCAGCAGAUUCUUAAGCUAUAUUAGUCCUUUAUUUUCUUGACCCAUAUUUGAGUAUUAUUACUCAGUAGUAAAUUAUUUAUAUUGGGACCUAAUCAAGGGUCUAUGGGAAAAGAUACUUUGAUCACAUUUAAAAAUAGUUAGCAAAAUGUCUAUUAAAUGGGGGAAAUACGUUCCCAGUUGUCAUUUCUAUACCUGAUACUAAAUUUUAAUUUUGGAACAGUUUUUUUGUCAGUGCGCCUCUUUUUAUAUAUGUCUCUGUGAGGCAGAAAAGGGGGCAUUAGCUAAGGGAAGGCCUAACCAAAGUAGAGUAGGAUUUAUUGAGGUUGUUAAUCUGUAUAUUUGCAGCAGCUGUGAUUAAUUUAGUUCUGUCUUGGCAUUUCCGACCAUAGAUUUUUCUUAUUGGAAUCUCAUAUCAAAGAUGAGUAUGCUAAUCUGAGAAAAUGCUUCCAGUGAAUAAAAUGCCUCCAGUUAUAUUGCUGUGUCUCUGUGAGACCACUUGUGUUCUGCAAGUUGAUGAUAUAUUCACACAUGAAGUAGAAUUCUUAAUAAUAGAUGCAUGGUGUGCUAUAAAAAUCUGGGCCUUCAAACCUCUCCCAAGGAUGGUAUGGUUGGGGAGGAUGAGAGAAUAGUAAAUAUGUGCAGUGCCAGUUUGUGAACCUAUGGAUUAUCAAUGAGUAUCAAUGUUCGAUUACUCCGGUCAUCAGUUGACAUGUGUAUUUGCAUGAAAGGGUGUAGGAGAUGUUUAAUAUACAUUGAAUACAUUCACUGCAGAAAUUAAAUAGAGGCUAUUUUGCAUGAUAAAAUAUAACUGCAAAGCAACUUUUUACCUCAUUAUUCUUCAGAAGAUUAACUCCCUGGUCCAACAUUAAAUUAUCUUGAAAUAGAGAAAUUAGUUCAGGAGUCAGUUUUAUCACCCCCAAAAUGUUAUAUUUGCCACUUGGUUGUAUUUUUAAAAAACAGCCAACUAUUCAUAACACUUUUCAAUUACGGUAUUAAAUUUUAAAAUAAUAGCCUUUUUCUUGAAUAAUAUUAAAAUUUAGUAAUGUGUUAUUUCCCCAAAAUCAGUGAAAAUGUCCAUAGGAUCAGAUGUUUCUGUUGUUUGAGUAACCAAAUCAUUUUUUUUUUUUUUUUUUUUUUGCAAUUUGAGAGUGGUAGAACCAAUAUUAUGUUACUUAAAAUUCAUGGAACUGACUCAGGCUCCAUAUGGACAUUAAUUUGAGGAGAGAAGCAACAAUAAAAAGUGCAAUUGGUAAUACUCUGACCCUGACAGGUAUAAAGCCAGUAACUUUGCAGUUGAAUAAGGUAAGAACUGUUGAGAAAACCCAGUCUUUCCCCCCAUCCUCCUGCACUCUUAUACAUUGAUACUUUUUACACCUAUUCAUACAGUACCUCCCAGUCUUUCCUGGAUCCCGGGACCACUUAAAAGGGGGGGAAAAAGCAAAGCAAUUCAUCUUCCUCAAACUAGAAUUUCAAAGCAUAAUAUUACACUAUGUCCCAGCUAUUGAUUUUGAACAGAAACACUUAUUUAAGCAUGCCUUAUGUUUAAGGGAAAAUAAUUGAUGUGUGAAUGGAAUCAAUCACCUAUUAGUAGGAAGAGUAUCAGGAUGAUGGGGGGGGGUCCACUUUGGGUAAAGAUAAAUUAAGUAUAACUAGUUUGCUGGUGCCAUAGAAAUAUUUCCUUUGGAAUUCUGUAAAUAUGAAAUGUUUUCUUAAGCUAAAAUUGGUAUUUUUCACUUAUUAGUUUGGUGUAAUAUUGACUUUUGAGAGGAAUUCCAUUUUUACAUAAUAUUGUUAUUUAAUCACUGAUUGAAGCACCAUUUCUUAAUUUUAAAAUAUUUUUGUUAAUUUCUGUUGUGGUUUUUAAAAUUACUUUUUAAAUAGUUAUCAGACUUCUGUAAGCAGUGUGAUUUUUAAACGUAUUUGAACAGUAGAUUCAGAGUUUUUUAAUAGUUUGAAGUACAUUAUAUUACAAACUACAGAUUCACUUAAGCUUAAAUUUGGUCAUAGAACAGACUAUAAGUUGGGAAUAUUUUUCCUAUUUUGGUGGACAAUUCUAGUCUAUAUCCUAAGACAAUCAUCUUUUUAGGUGUAAUAUUGUUUAUUAAAAUUGAUAAUUUCCAGUUUCAGAUUUUUACUUUUUUCAUGGGCUUAUGGAAUGAAAGUUAAUAGGCCAAGUUAUUAUAUCACUUUCAGAAUGAGGUAUGGAAUUAUGGCUAGCCUUAUAGAUCUGCAGUAAAUAAUAUUUAAAAUUUUAUGUUAGGUACUAAUAUUCUUUUCUCUUUUGAAGCUGUUGUGAAUGUGUACUUGUCCAUGAUUGAAAAUUUAGAUUUGACAACAUUACAAUUUGAACCAUACAUUUUCUCAAACAUGAGAUCAAUAUAAGUAACCAUUAUAAAAUAUGAAAUGAUCAUAUGUAAUGAUCCCAAAGUAAAUACUUCCAAACCAUAGAGAAAUAACCACUGUAUUUUUCAAAUCUUAUUCCCAUCCUCCUUUGCAUGCUGUUAAUUGCUUUUCUAAAUUAAAGCAAGUAUUGUGGAAUAUUAAAAAUAUUCAAGAAAAAAUUGCUUAAAGUGUUUUAUCGCAAUAAGAAUUUUUAUUACUAUUUCCUGAAGAAUUUUUUUUAAACUGUUCUUUAUUAUAUCAUUAAAAAGACCUAUUGGUUUAGUAAAAUAAUUUACAAUGUGAUUUUUGUGGCUUUUUAUAGUUAUCUUGAUGCAUUCCUUUUGCCACAUAUAUCACAUGGCUAGUUCUCCAACCUUUUUUUUUUUGUUUGCUUGAUUUUAAUAAAACUUGUUCAACAAUCAGAGAGACCUUUAUUUUGGAGGAUCCUUUCAGUUGAGGUAGAAAAGUCUUAAAUAAUAGGAAACGCAGAUAAAAUGUCCUAACAUUUUCAUAGUAGAGUUUACAAGUGAAAGAAUUUAUCCAUAUGGGUUAUCUUCAUCAUCUAGCCCCGGCAUAAAUGGUGGUUUCAUUACUCAUUGAAUCAGAUGAAGCAGUUAUAAAUCAUUUUUUGCUUUGCUCUAAAGAUUGUUGUAAUUUCAGGCCAUUUUAUUAUUUUCUCUAAGCAGUUUCCAUUGUAAGGUUGAAUUUCCUUUAUUAUUCAAAUUAUAGCUAAAGGUUAAGAUAAUCACAUAGGAGUUAAAAUAAGUUAUGUUUGUCUUUUUCCCCUGAAAAUAAUGGUGAACAUAUUGUCUACAUUAUGAAUAUUAGGCAGAAAUGCACUUGUUUAAAUCAUAGCAGUAAUUACAUUUGAAAGAUAUAAUUCCUUGAUUUUCUAGUGGUGUGAAAUAUUUUUUAAAAAUUGUGCUCGUCUGUAACUGAAAUGUUAUAGAAUUGUAACACUAUAGGGAUUAUAGAGGUAUAUUUAUUAGCUCUCCUCAAGAGACUGAAGCACAAUAAUUUUCAUGUAACAAUUCCUAUCCAAGUGCUGCUAAUAUGUCCUGCGAACAAUGAAGCUAUUUGGUUGCCUAGCUAUUCACAAAUCACUGUAAUCCUUGAAACAUAGUGUUGUUCAUUUGUAUUAAAAUUUGGGUAUUGUGGGUUAAUACUUUAGAACAAAAGCUAUGAACUCAGCCCUACCUAUUAGACACCAAACUUUAGAUUCAUUAGUUUUUAUGUGUUAUCAGUAGAAUAAAUUUUGAAGGGGUUAUUUACUACCAGUGACUAAGGGGGAUAAUUAUGUUGUCAAUAUAAUUUGACUUGAACAUUUGUGGUAUUGUAAAAUUCUUGUCCAUUGUGUUUCUAAAUUGCUUAAGCCAUACAUUCUCUUAAACAAAGAUGGUUUUUGUUUUGUUACUUUCCAGCAGCCUUUUCCUGCCUUGUCUGUUAUGGUUAAUACUUCAUAGAUUUUAGAAAUUGAGAAGUCUUGAAACAUUUUAUUUUCUUGAGUUCAUCACUUUUGACUUGUGUGAUAUGUGAUUUGUCAUAAAAGAUAGCCUUUCACUACUUCACUAAAUGAAUUUCAGAGUAAACACUGUGAUUCUGCAGAGCGGAUUCAGUAUGCUUUCCAAUGUUUUCUUUUGUUAUACAGUGCCUACCACCUUGAGGGCACUUAAAUACUAGAAAUGGAAAGUUAAACGUUGUUUGAUGUUUAUUGAAUAAUGAGAUUACAGAAUAUUUGAUUUUGUCAGUGUAUUAAAGACAUUUUUGCAUUGAUAAAUGUUCUCUAGGAAUGUGACUACAUUCAUCAGGUGUGAACUCAUGUAAAUGAAUUUUUGUAUCUUGAAUCCACGUAUAUAUUAAGUGUAUCAUCAAUAUAAAAAUAAACGUUAUUUGCUUAAA